AUGGGUUCAUCCAACGGGUUCGGGUCCAAUGGGUUAAUGCGCUCCUUGGACGGGUUCGACAUCCAACGGGUUUGGGUCCAGCGUGUUCGACUUCCUCAUCCAACGGGUUUGACGUCCAACGGGUUGAUGGGUUCAUCCAACGGGUUCGGGUCCAAUGGGUUAAUGCGCUCCUUGGACGGGUUCGACAUCCAACGGGUUCGGGUCCAAUGGGUUAAUGCGCUCCUUGGACGGGUUCGACGUCCAACGGGUUUGGGUCCAGCGUGUUUGACGUCCAACGGGUUUGACGUCCAACGGGUUUGGGUCCAGCGUGUUCGACUUCCUCAUCCAACCGGUUCGACGUCCAACGGGUUGAUGGGUUCAUCCAACGGGUUCGGGUCCAAUGGGUUAAUGCGCUCCUUGGACGGGUUCGACAUCCAACGGGUUUGGGUCCAGCGUGUUCCACUCCCAACGGGUUAA